CCUCGAGACUCAGGUGAAGGGUAGGCUACAGGUGGUGACUCAUGGGGUUGCAAGCAGAGGGGAUACCCGGGUCCUCUAGUUCCCCACCUUGGAGGAGGAGGGGGAGGAGGCCUGAGGAGGCGCCGCCUCCUCCGCAACGCCCCGCCCCCGCAGCGCCUACGCUGCCCGCUCCUGACCGCUCACCAUUGGCCGCAGCGCUCGCCAAUCCAGCCCCCUGGCCGCGAAGGGGGCGUGGCCGCGCGGUGCCGGGCCGGGGGCGGCGUCUGUCGCCGCUGCGCGCUGCGGUGCGGGCGGCAGGACGAUGGAGCCGGGAUCGCGGCACGGUCUGAUCCCGCUCGCCCUCCCUGCUGACACCUGAGCCGGGCGGUGAUGCUGCCGAGACCUUUGCAGCCCACAAGUCAACCUGCAUGAUUGUCAGCCAUGCCUUUAGUGAAGAGGAACAUCGAACCCCGGCACCUCUGCCGCGGUGCUCUGCCGGAAGGAAUCACCAGUGAGCUUGAAUGUGUAACUAAUAGCACUCUCGCCGCCAUCAUCCGCCAGCUAAGCAGCUUGAGCAAACAUGCCGAGGACAUAUUUGGUGAGUUGUUUAACGAGGCCAACAACUUCUACAUCAGAGCAAAUUCUCUGCAAGACCGAAUCGAUCGCCUCGCUGUCAAAGUCACCCAGCUGGACUCCACGGUGGAGGAGGUCUCACUACAGGAUAUCAACAUGAAGAAAGCAUUCAAAAGCUCUACCAUCCAGGACCAGCAGGUGGUUUCCAAAAACAGCAUUCCCAACCCUGUGGCUGACAUUUACAACCAGAGUGACAAGCCUCCGCCUCUGAACAUUCUCACCCCGUACAGAGAUGAUAAGAAGGACGGCCUGAAGUUCUACACGGAUCCCUCUUACUUCUUUGACCUCUGGAAGGAAAAGAUGCUGCAGGACACAGAAGACAAGAGGAAGGAGAAACGGCGCCAGAAGGUGCGUGAUUCGUGGGUGCGCUCGUCGGUGCGCGCUCAUCGGUGUGCGCUCAUCAGUGUGCACUCAUCAUUGCGCACUCAUCGGUGUGCACACGGGCCCUCUGCUCAGGGAGUUGAGGUGUUACCUCUAGGGCUCAGGUCUUCUCGGGGUGCCCUCUUCUCACAUGACAGCCCUGACACUUGACAACAGCAAGGCUAUGUUUACAUCAGUACGAUGGGGUUUGUUCUACGGCAUUGUGUGCUUUCCCUCUUCACACUCAGGCUGUUGGGGUGCCACCUCACCUGUUGGGGUGACUGAGAACUUGGAGGGAUGUUGGCGAGAGACUGGGAAGCAUGAGUGGUCUGUGCUUUCAGAGACAUUUCCUAGAAGUGAUCCUCCCUUGAGGAGGCGGAGGUAGAAAGCAAGAGGAAUCCAAGUCGCACAUCAGAAACAGCUGCCCUACACACUGUCUUGGAAGGACAAGGUGACUCAUUCAGCUUCAGGAGCUUCCACUUUGAAACUUACCCCUUAGGGCUGAGAGGUUAGAUCUACCCCAUUGAGAGGAGUGAUUUUAUAUAUAAACUGUAUUCAGAAAUUAACCCCCCAGGCCAUGCUUUUAAUCCCAACAUGAGGAGGC